AUGCCUCCAGAAGAUAUUCCCAACCCCAGGCAGACGGGCGAGGAUGAUGGCUUGGAGAAUCCCAUGAGAGCCAUCGUCGUGGUCAACUCCCCUGAUGUGCCUGAAGGCGAAAUGGAGGAGAGAAUGCUCGACUGCGUGCAAACGUUCGAUGAGGUCGAUCUGUUUUUUGAUAAGUUCGACGAGGACGUCGCCUUGCCUAACGAAAGCCAUAUUAAGUAUGAGGUGGGCCUGGACGGGCUUGUGGUGAUCAUUGUGGACUCGAAGAGACUCAAAGAGACGGUGUUGAAGUUUAUCGAUGAUUUUGCUGCCGAGGUGGCGGAUGCUGCAAAGGACGAUCCUACUGAAGACAAGGAGGCUGAAGACAAGGAGGGUUCGACAAAGAGGCAAAAGAAGUAA